UUCUUUUUACAAAGGAAGAUAUUUUGUUUAAUUUUAAAAAACACAUGUGUUUUAAUUGCGCAUGUUUAAAUGCAAUAAUACAACACUGACCGACUUGUCUUAUUUCCUGGUUUAACACUCUGACAUUUUCGUCUUUCCAAAUGUCAGUUUUAUGAAUGAAAACACAUUGCAAUACAAGGAAAAUUUUACAUAUUUACAUUUAUUAGAAAACCACCCCCUUAUCAUGGAUAUUUGGUUGUCCAAAACGAGACAAGUCUUAAAAUAAUACACUGGAAAAUUACGCUCACGCAAUUUUUGGGCUCAACGCAGCAAAUUCCAGUUAAAAACAAAAUGUUAAGGGCCAUAUAAAGAAUACCAAUUUUUCAAUAGCAGACACAAAUUUUUUUCCACCAACAUCGACGACGACGAAAUCGAUACGUAAGAAAAAUUUUUGUGAAUUUUUUCACAUUCAAAGUGAAAAUAUUAUUUGAAUUGAAAUUAUAAGUGAAAGAAAAGCAUUUAACUGUGGCAAAUAUUAGGAAAAACCAAUGGCUAAAAAGGAAACGAUGUCCAAGAAAAGUAUGGGAAACAAUUUGAUUUAAUUUGAAUUAAAUUGAAAAUCAAUCGAUACGAAACGAAACGAAAAAAAAACAACAAACAGUAAAUUAAUAGUAGACAGAAAAUAAAAGAAAAAACACAAAUAAUUUGGAAAAACAAUCAUAAUUCUGAAAUACAUUUACACAAAAAAAAUACAUACACACCCCCUAAAAGUGUGCUAGACAAAACACAAAAAACAGAAACAAAAAUUAAAGCAUAAAGUAGAGGCUAAAACAAAACUAAAUUUAUAAAUAAACAAGAAAAUGCAGCCCCCACCGCGUAAGGGCAACUAUGUGAAGUUCUUGAAGAAUUUGCACACGGAACAAGUGGCAAAGUUGCAAUUGAAGAAUCAACAUGAAUGCGAUUUGCUGGAGGAUAUACGACAAUUCACCAUUAAGAGGUCUGCAAUUGAGAAAUCUUAUAGUGAGGCGUUACUUAAGAUAUCUUCACAAUACUUAAAUAAGAAAAUUCCCAAUAUACCAGACAUUAAAAUGGAGGGAAUGGAAGAAAGGUGGAAUAUGUGGAGUGUUUGGCGCACUGUUUUGGAGGAAAAUGAAAAACUAGCUCGUGCUCGUUUGGCCGCCAUUGAGGUAUUUCAACAGCAAAUCGCAGACGAAGCAAAAGUUUUGCGCGAUUAUAAGUUGGCCAUUUCGAAGAGAUCCCUAUCGCAAAUUGUAAAUGUUCAAAAGGAACUGCAUUUAAGUGUUGGGGAUUUGGAUAAGACGAAAAAACAAUAUUUCGAUGAAGAGCAUUGUGCUCAUGACGUGCGCGAUAAGGCCCGAGACAUAGAAGAGAAAUUGAAAAAGAAAAAGGGUUCGUUCUUUCAAUCGAUUACAUCGCUUCAGAAGAAUAGUGCUCGUGUGACCUCACGCAAAGAGCUGUUGGAAGAGAAAUCCACUGGGGCACGUAACGAUUACAUUUUGAGUUUGGCUGCAGCUAAUGCUCAUCAGAAUCGGUAUUUCACUGUUGAUCUGCAGACAACCAUGACUACCAUGGAAAAUUAUGUAUUUGAACGUGUGGCCGAGUAUCUUACCCUAAUGGGUCGCACCGAAUUGUUGACCUGUUCAGCCACUCAGAAUUCUUUUGGGAAAAUACGCGAUCAAGCUCAACAGUUGACUCGGGAAUACAAUUUGCAAUGUUGUUAUUUAUUCUAUCCAGUGUUAAAACAACACAUUCAGUAUGAAUUUGAGCCUUGCGAUAAUGAUCCUGUACGCAAGGUUACCACAGAACAUGAAUCAGCUGUGGAAACUUUAACUAAAGAGGCUAAGAAUUUAGCCGGUAGAGUUGUAAAGGAAAAUGUCUCUAUUAGGGAAAAUGCCAAGAAAUUGGCUGUAUGCGUUGCUCUCCGUGAUUCGGGACAACGUAAUGAUCCCAAUGACCCUAAUGGUCCUGAUCUUGAUACGAAGAUUGAAGAAUUCCGUGAUUUGAUUAGAAGAUCCGAAACUGAAAAGGCUAAAGCAGAAGCUUGCUUACAGUGCUUGCGUGAGGGUGGCAUAAAUGUUGAUGAAUGGGUACAGGAAGCUGAAAUAAUGGGAGCUCAAGAAUUAACACGUUCGGCCAGUUCGAUUUCGAUGCGUACCGAUGCUUCGGGUCAAGGGGAAAAUCCUAGUUCAGAUUCAUUUUAUGACAGUGAUAAGGAAGAAGCUGCUGGUGGUGCUCCGGCAGCUACCAAACUCAAGGAAGAACCACAACUUUCAAGAGAUAAAACAUUUAGCGAUAGUGAUGAAGAAACCGAAGAGCAUAUACCUGAGCCAGUGUCUCAAAUGCAAAUGAUGUCUUCGAAUACUGGUUGGGAUGAUCCUACAGAGGUCAAUUGGGAUAAUGAACAGGAAGAGGAAGAAGAAAAGGAAGAACCUAUUGUUCCUGAACCCAAAGAAGCCAUAUUUAAAUGCACUGCUUUAUAUAGUUAUACGGCACAAAAUCCAGACGAGUUGACUAUUGUGGAAAACGAACAAUUGGAGGUUAUCGGUGAGGGAGAUGGCGAUGGCUGGUUACGUGCUCGCAAUUAUCGUGGCGAAGAGGGUUAUGUUCCCCACAACUAUUUGGAUAUUGAACAGGAAACUCCAGUGAAUGGUAGUUCUGCCAAUCAAUUGCGCUCACAAAUUUCCUUCUCAUCUGUUGAUUAUACUGUUGAUAAUGAAGAUCAAACUGUGGACUCUAUGCAAUCACCUGAUCAAGUAUCGGUUAUAAUGGCUCCUCAAAAGAAGAAGUCGGAAGUAAUGUAUUGCAUUGCUUUAUACGACUACGAUGCUACCGCCGAGGAUGAACUCACCUUUGAGGAGGGUCAAAUCAUAAAGAUUGUUACAAAAACAGCUCAUGGCGUUGACGACGGUUGGUGGGAAGGUGAACUGGAUGGUAAAUUUGGUAAUUUUCCCUCUUUGGUGGUAGAGGAGUGCGAUGAAAAUGGAGAACCUUUAACAGAGGGUGGCGAAGAAUCACCACCACCCACAGCUCCACCAAGUUUUGCCCUACCACCUGCCCCAGCAUUGCCACCAGAGUAUGCCCAUGAGCUAACCGAAGAUAUGUUCGGUUCACAAGAUACGGCUGAUGAUGACAGUGGCUACAUACCCAAUGGGGCUGUACCCAGUAUGCCUCCACCAGUCCUUAUACAAGAACCAGGAGAUGAGGACGAUAUGGACGAAGAUGGUAGUAGUAUGCCACCACCCUCACAGCCACCACCGGCUUUACAUGCAACAACAAAUGCUGCCAAGGUAACCAAGGAUGCUGGAAAUAAUUUAAAUUUAGGUAUGGCACAAAUUAUUGUAACCGCUGCAACCCCAAUGGUUGAAGACGGGUCCGAUAAAUCUUUCCCUCCAAUAGCAGAGAGAGGAGGUGGUAAUGAGGAUGACUCAGGGAAAUCUGGUAGCCAGGGUAAUGCUAAGGCAACAAGUGCUUCCACAAAGGAGGAAGGCAUGACCAAGACGGUGGCAGGGGAAGCCAAACAAACGGAUCAGAGCAAAAUUAUUGAAGGUAGGCAACAAGUUAUGGACGCACCAAGUGUAACUGUAACCCUAACUUCGCCCACACCCAAUCCAGAGGAUUUACCAUCUUCCGACCAAGAUUCAUCCGAAGUACAACCGUUAGAUGAGGCUGAAGAUCCAUUCAAUGAAAAGGCAACUGCGGCCACUACAGAGGCUGGCGGGGCAUUUGAGGCUAAUUUUGAGGCGAACUUUGAUGCAAACUUUGAUGAUGCCUUUGCCAGCAGAGGGGGAGGACCACAGAGCAUGGAUGAAUCGAAACAAGAAGAUGUUGAUGUCGGUGCACCCAAACAGGUGGUUGGCGGAAGAGCCAGUAUACCCGAGGAAUUGGAUUCUAAUCAAUUAGAAAGAUUACAAAAUCUUAAAGAAUCGAAUGCUUAAUUUGGUGAAUUACAAAACAAAAA